CGCAGGGAGUCAUAGCCCGGGGCUGAGGAGACUCCGCCAGCUGCUGCGGGGCGGCAGCUUCCCAGCGCUCCCGACGCCGCCCAAGCGUCGAGGCUUUCCGCUCGAAGGGGCAGGUUUGACUCAGAAAUCCGUACGCAGGCGUACAGGCCUGGCGGAGACGAGAGGCGAAGGCGGCCCCUUUUCCUCAGGCGCCCCGGCGAAGGCCUGCUCCCUACUGCGCGGGUCCCCGCGGAAGGACGCGGGGCCGGGCCGGCCGCUCGCAGCUCCCGCCUGAGGCGGCGGCGGCGCGCGCCCUUCCCGCCGCGCGGGCGCUCGUGACGCUGCACGCUAGGGGAGGCGGUUGUUUGCGCGAGGCGGGAGGUCAGCGCCGGGGAGAGAAGAUGGAGAGAGACGCGCGCGGGAGCCCCUGGGGAAGGGCGGGGGCGUGAGGAAAUGGCUGUCGAGGGGUCGGGGGUGUGAGGAAGUGACGGUUGAGGGGUCGGGGGCGGCCAGCGCCGCUCCGCCCUACCCCUCGCGGCCCCUGCGGACAGCCAGGAGCAGGCCCCGGGCGAGACGUGGUGCCCGUGAGGGCUGGGGCUGAGGCGGCCCUGGCCGGCGAAGGGAGGGCUGGCGCAGCCGCGGGCUAACUGGCGCGGAGCCUGGGGAGGGCUGGUGCGCAGCCUGCGGGCCAGGAGCGUGUGGGGAUCUGGUGAGGGGAGUCCAACAGGCUCACUUUUCUCCCGAGGAGGCAGAUGACGCCUGAAGACUGAGCCUAUUUCCUGGCUUUGUACAUAUAUAUAUAUAUAAAUACAUAUUUAUACUUAUGGAUAAAAGACCUCAUGGGGCAGUCAAGUUGCCAGCAUGCUCAGCCCAGCUGCUUUGGUUGUGCUGGACCUGGUGCCUGUUAGAUCUGCUAGUGAGCCCUGGGCUGCAGUUGUCACCUGGCAGAAGGGCUCUGGAAAGCCAUGUGGCCACAGGACUACGUUCCUUCACUUAUGCCGUUCCUGUGGAGUUUGUUCAUCAUUCAUUAGGGCCUUAUUUUUAGCUUUAGUGGGGAUAUUUCUUGUUAAAUAUUUAUGUGUGCUAAAAAUGUAGUUUUUAAUGAAAGGUGGGAGAGUUGGAAAUGCACUAAUGGUUAUGACUCUAAUGCCAUGUUGAAUUAUGUUAGCUUAUUUAUAAAAUGCAGGCACUAAUAACUAGGUUCAGCUCAUAGUAAGUCUAAAGCUAAGGCCUAGCAGGACAUUUCCUCUUGCACAACAUAGUAAUUAUUCAGGUAUUUCCUGCUUCUUGCUAUGUUGUAGAAAUUGUUUUGAGCCAUACAUGCACAAAUCUAGAUAUAAAAUAAUCUGAAUUGUAAGAUAAAACAAAUGAUAGAUGAGAGACAAGAAAGCAGGCACCUGAGCGAGGAAUUAUUUGUUUUUCCGCUCUUGCGGAAAAGCUAAGGAAGAUUAAAUAUGUUGCAGUUUUGUGAACACUAUGUAGGUGUGCUGGAUGGAGAGUGACGAAUUAUGAAAUUUGCUUUUUUAGGAUUGUGUAUGAUUAUAAUUGUUUUAUAAAAAGGUUAUUUACAUCAUUUUAUGUGGAGGGAGUAGUUAGUGCAUAAUUUUGUUAAUUCCUAUGUUUUUUGUCAUUCUCUGAAUAGAACUGGGAUCAGGUCUACCCCUGCUUAAUUGUGAAUUGAACAGCACUGAAAACAGCAGACUUUGUAAUUUGAUACAUUAUAAAGUACUUCAGAAAAUAAGAGGGUUUUAUUUUAGCACUAGCAAAAUACUAUGGAUAAGAACUUUCAAGAAGAACAGUUUACAGGAAUUAUUAAAUUUACACCUCCUUUGUACAAACAACGCUACCAGUUCGUUAAAGAUUUAGUGGGGAAAUACAAACCUAAGAAGGUGGCAGAUUUAGGAUGUGCUGACUGCACGCUUCUCUGGAUGCUGAAAUUCUGCAGUUGCAUUGAAGUGUUAUCUGGGCUAGAUAUCUGUACAAGUAUAAUGAAAGAGAAAAUGCAUAGGUUGUCUCCUCUUCCUGUUGAUUAUUUGCAGCCAGCUGAAAGAUCCCUAACUGUUACCUUGCAUCACGGUUCAGUUGCCCAUAAAGAUCCUUGCAUGCUUGGUUUUGACUUGGUAACUUGUAUUGAACUAAUAGAGCACCUGGAAGAAUCAGAACUGAAGAAGUUUCCUGAAGUGGUGUUUGGUUUCAUGGCUCCAAGCAUAGUUGUGAUCAGUACUCCAAAUUCUGAAUUUAACGCUUUGUUUCCGGGAGUGACAUUAUUCAGGCAUCCAGACCACAAAUUUGAAUGGAACCGAGUGCAAUUUCAAAGCUGGGCUCUAGAGACUGCUAGACGCUAUGAUUACUCAGUGGAAUUUACUGGUGUAGGGCACCCACCAACAGGAAUGGAGAACGUUGGGUUUUGUACCCAAAUAGGUGUGUUUGUUAGAAAACAUCCUCAAACCAGUGAAUCUGCUCAGUCUGAGAAACCCACUGAAGGAGUUUACAAAACAGUCUUCAAAGCAGUGUAUCCAAGUCUUAAAGAUGAGAAGUACCUCCAGAAUGCAGUGGUCAGUGAAGUUAUUUUCACAGCACAAAUCAUUAAGCGAAGUCUGCUGGACCGUGUUAUGUCAGAGCAUGAGGAGUAUAAUGAUGAUCCUACUGAGAGAAAAUGCAAAUUCCAACCUUCAGUGAACUGUUUUUCAGACAAUCUUGGAAAACUGGUUGUUGAAAAAAGCAUGGAACCAUUUGUCAAUGGACAUGUGGUUUAUAUACCUCUUACAACCAUCUUUUCUUUUCCCAAAGUGAAUCAACUUUGUGGUACCUUUGAGAAGUUAUGCAAGCUUAUUGCUGGCAAGGUCACACUGAGCAGUGAUGGUUCUGCUGUGAUGUUCAAUACUGAACAUGAAAAUGAAGAGAAUUAGAUCACAGAUUUCUCGUACAAAGUUCAGUUGAAGUAAUGAAAGUGGUUUUUUAGUAGCUGUCAAAUGGUGUGUUCUGUAUGCUAACUAGAACCACAAAAUAUUUUCUAAAACUUCCAGUAUUUAUCCAUCAGCACCUCUCUUGUUCAGUGAAGAUGAGUGCUUCUGACAAAGAUUGUAGUAACUCAUAGGGCUUUGGAGUAUCAGGGGCUAAAAGGAAAGAAUUAAUUCCCGUGAAGAAAAAUUUUAAGUAUUUCUGUUUGUUUUCUGUUACCAUAUUGUAGCUAUCAUGACUAGAUUCUUUUUGGUAAUCUUUUGUUAGCUCUAAGGAUAGUUGAUGAUAACACAAAACUAUGUUGUUGUGCUGAAUAAUAUGAGUCAGACAUAGGUUUAGGGCAACUUUUUUCUUGAUAGAAUAAAAUUUAUAGAUGCCUUUUUCAAGAUGAGCACAUACUCGGCCUUUGUGAAAACUAAAUGUUGUUCCAGAUAAAUUGGAAUAUGCCACAAACAUUUAUAGCUCAGUAAAUUCAAUAGUGGGGAGGAGUCCCAUGAUGUUGGAUGUGAGGUGGGGAAAAAAGGCAGUUUUAGCCCUAUUGUCUUAUCCAGUUUCUUGGUAACUGCUACUUGGAAAAUAAUUUGCAUCCUGUAACUUUCCAGAAGCUGAAUUUAAUUAAUUUGAAACUGGUAUCUUUGUUCUGUUUUUGAAAAAAUAAAAAAAAUCUGUCACUGUGAAUGCUAACCUGGCCCUGGUGUAUCUGAAAAAAAAUUUUAAAAAAAUCUGUGUUUUCACAUGCAGCUGUUGUCCAAGAAGUCUUGACAACAUAUGCAGCAGAAAUGAAAAGCAGAGGUGUUACAGAUAGUAGAGCUUACUGGCUUGGCCAAGGUGAUUUUUUUCUUAGGUAGAGCUGAAUUGUAUGUAUAAAUGCACAGUAAGCAAAUGUUAGACAAUGGACUUAGGAAGACAGAAAUUUUGAAGGAUGCACAAGAUUGGCUUGUUCAUACAGGAUUAAUGAAGCAGUACACUACAGUUCUUUUUAAGUUUCUUUGUGUACCCAAAUUUUUUUAACCAAUAAUUUUAAUAUCUCAACUGAGUACUUCUAAUGAGUAAGGAGAUGGUUAAUUAAGAGGCCUCAUUCUGUGUAUGUUUCACAAUGUCAUUGGCAGCUUUGUAUGAGCUAGUAUUAACAGAACUGACUUCAUGUUUGUGAAAUGCAAGUUACACAACUUUCUGAAAAUAAAAAAUUCUGUGUAAGGACUGA